CGGCUCUGGGCUCUGGCCGGCGCCCGCAGCCUCGUCGGCAGCAAACCCACCUCCUCCGUUUCCUCGUUUUUAAACGCUUCUUCCCCACUCCUCCCCUCUCCUCUGCCCAUCCGCCCGCCACUCCUCUUCCACUCCCCGCCGCAUUGCUCACCGACUGAAUCGUCGUCAGUUCAUCGUAGCCUCGUAGGGCAGCGGUUGCGCCAGCCACCGGAGCAGGAUUGGCAGUUACUAUGAUAUAAACAGAUGGUGAUAUUGUUCAUUUAGUCUAGUUGAUUCAGAGACACCUCUAAUGGGCUAUAAAAUUUUUGAAGGUUCUUUGAUUCUACUGUCGCUAUUGCUUUUUACCUCAUUGGCUGCGGCAGACAUCACCUCCGAGAAGCAAGCACUCCUUGCUUUUGCCUCUGCAGUCUACCAUGGCAACAAACUCAAUUGGGAUCUAAACAUAUCAUCGUGCUUAUGGCAUGGUGUAACUUGCUCCCCAGACCGAUCACGCAUAUCUGCCCUUAGGGUACCCGCUGCUGGCCUGAUUGGUGCAAUUCCAACAAAUACUCUUGGCAGGCUUGUUUCCCUCCAGGUGUUAAGCCUGAGAUCAAAUCGUUUGAGUGGAAGUAUUCCAUCUGAUAUCACCUCGCUUCCUUCUUUGCAGUCCAUAUUUCUUCAAGAUAAUGAACUGUCAGGAGAUUUGCCUUCUUUUUUCUCUCCAACCCUGAAUACCAUUGACCUAUCCUACAACUCCUUUACUGGACAAAUCCCUGCAAGUCUGCAAAAUCUUACUCAAUUAUCUACCCUGAACUUGUCAAAAAAUUCUCUCUCUGGACCUAUCCCUAACCUCAAACUUCCUAGCUUAAGACAGUUAAAUCUGAGCAACAAUGAGCUGAAUGGCUCAAUUCCCCCCUUCCUUCAAAUAUUCUCAAACAGUUCAUUCUUGGGGAACCCUGGAUUGUGUGGACCACCCCUAGCUGAAUGUUCUCUUCCUUCACCAACGUCCUCACCAGAAUCUUCAUUACCACCACCAGCAGCAUUGCCACAUCGCGGGAAGAAAGUAGGUACUGGCUCUAUAAUUGCAGCUGCAGUUGGGGGCUCAGCUGUAUUUCUUCUAGCUGCUGCGGUAUUUGUUGCGUGCUUCUCUAAGAGGAAGGAGAAGAAAGAUGAAGUGGUGGAUAACAAUGGAAAGGGUGUUGAUAAUGCAAGGAUCGAGAAGCGCAAAGAGCAAGUCAGUAGUGGUGUCCAAAUGGCCGAGAAGAACAAAUUGGUUUUCUUGGAUGGAUGUAGCUACAACUUUGACCUAGAGGAUUUACUGAGAGCUUCUGCCGAAGUCCUUGGCAAGGGGAGCUACGGGACUGCCUACAAAGCUAUACUUGAGGAUGGCACCAUAGUGGUUGUCAAGAGGCUAAAAGAUGUUGUGGCAGGGAAGAAAGAAUUUGAGCAGCAGAUGGAGCUCAUAGGGAGGGUAGGCAAACAUGCAAACCUAGUGCCUCUUCGUGCUUACUACUACUCAAAGGAUGAGAAGCUUGUUGUCUAUGAGUAUGUUGCCACUGGCAGCUUUUCAGCCAUGUUGCACGGUAUCAAGGGCAUUGCUGAGAAGACUGCAUUAGACUGGAAUACAAGGAUGAAGAUUAUUCUUGGAACAGCACAUGGCAUAGCACACAUCCACUCAGAAGGCGGCUCAAAGCUCACCCAUGGCAAUAUCAAGUCGACCAACGUGCUCCUCGACCAAGAUCACAGCCCCUACGUCUCGGACUACGGGCUGGGCGCCCUGAUGAGCUUCCCCGUCAGCACCUCCCGCGUCGUCGUCGGUUACCGCGCUCCGGAGGCCAUCGAAUCCAGGAAGUUCACCCACAAGUCCGACGUCUACAGCUUCGGCGUUCUCCUCAUGGAGAUGCUGACCGGAAAGGCGCCGCUCCAGUCGCAGGGGCAGGACGACGUCGUCGAUCUACCGAGGUGGGUGCACUCCGUGGUCCGGGAGGAGUGGACCGCGGAGGUGUUCGACGUCGAGCUGAUGAAGUACCUGAACAUAGAGGACGAGCUGGUCCAGAUGCUCCAGCUCGCCAUGGCGUGCACGUCGCGGUCCCCGGACCGGCGUCCGACGAUGGCGCAGGUGAUCAGUGUGAUCGAGGAGCUCCGGCAGUCUGCUCCGGAGAGCCGCGAGUCCUCCAACGAGAACGGCUGCAGGGAAUCCAACCCUCCGUCGGCGUGAUGCCCUGACGAGCCGUGGAUCUGGUAUUCUGGUGUGGUAUGGGUAUGUUUGCAAUUUGCUGCAAAUCAGUUAGAUUUGGAGCUGGUAGUGAUGUCUUGAAUCAAUGUAAAGCCAGAAGCUUCAGCACUGGCACAAUGUAGAAGCAUUGCAUGAUGUGCAAGUUAAUAUUGGUGGGUUCCUAACUGUUAUGCCUACAUGCUGUGCUCAGGUGUUCGUUAGAAAUUGUUCACUAGUGGAGUCCUUUUCCCUGGGGGGAAAAUUACCAAGGUUUGAUUAGCUGUUUAGCUCCUUUAUGUGAGCAUCCGUUCAUGUGUUUGUGUUUGUCUUUCAUCGGUAUGCAAAAUCGCAAAUGAG